AUGCAUUUUAUAAAGCUUUUUUAUUGUUCAGUAUUGAUAAUAUUCUGUAUAAUUGAUAGUAUAUGGUUGUAUGAUAUUGAAAUAGAUGUCAAACCAAUUAAAAAAAUAAUAAAAAGGGCAAAGGAUAAAGUUCUUAAAAAACUCAAUACAGAUCUUAAAAAAGAAUUAGUACCUAAAGAUAAUUUAUCUAUAUAUCCUGCAAUUGUUGGUGUUUUUGGAACAGGAGAAGUUGCUAGGGCUAAAGCUAAGGAUGUGGAAAUAUUUGAUAAUAAAGAUCUAUUGGAACGUAAGAAUAUUUAUAUUCUUGAUAGUAUCCCAGGUUGGGAAGGAAUUGAGAUACCAAUACAUUAUCCUAACAUAUUUUCUGAACUAAGAAUUCCAUCUCCAAUAACUGAAGAUAGUAUGAAAGUUCUUCCAGCAGUUGCUAUUGAUAGAUUUAUACUUUUUGCUGUUGAAGAAUGCCUACUACCUAAUCAGUUUUAUUUAAGAGUAGCCUUUUGUAUGUUUGAUUCUCUAUAUCCAUAUUUAGAGGGUAUCCCAAGUUCUGAGACUAUGCAAGAUAUAUUAGGAGCAUCAUUAUUAUCUAUUAACAAGAUUAAUAGUACUUUAGCUGUAGAUGUAAGAUAUUGCCGAGAAAAUAUAGCAAAUAUUGCAGAUUCACUUUUAAAUCUACAUGGAAAUCAAGCUUGUGAUGAUAUGUUAUUAUGUAUGUAUCAAGGAACUUAUCCAAUUUUAUCUAAAUCAAUGAGGUGCUAUGAUUUUGAUGAACUGAUAUUACGAUCUUAUAUGAAUAAAGGAUUAAAUAUAUGGUACCAUAAUGAUUCUGUAAAACCUGCUGAGGCUAUAUUAUGGAAUAUUUUAAAAUUUUUACACAAGUCUAGCAAGUGGAAAUAUUAUUCAAAUCCCAAUAAACCCUUUAUACCUAUUCGUGCAUUUAUACUAUCUUUAUAUAUUCUUCAUAGUGGUACAUUAUAUGCAGGAUGGCCAAAUAAUUUGAUAAUACAUGCUUCAUUAGCUAUUAAAUCAUUAUUAGUAUAUAAAAAAAAGGAUUUAGAACUAUCUAAAUAUAGGAUUCACUGUAUAAGUAUAGUCAGAAAGUGGUUAAAAAAUGUAACUCCUAAGAAGUAUGUAUUAAUUGCUCCAAAUUUGUCUAUAAUUGAUAGUAUAAGUAAUGCAGCUUGCUAUCAAGCAAUAAAAACUGGAUUUGUAAGUAAUCAUAGAUUUGAUUUUACUAAUAUGAUUGAAGAAGGAUUUACCCAUGUAGAUUUAUUAAAUCUUCAAAUUCCUAUUGUACAAAUAAAAGGAGGUAAAAAAUUAGAAUAUAUGAGGAAAUAUAAUAUUGGGAGGAAACCAGAGGCUCGUAGAUGGUCCCAUUAUCAUAAAAGUGGAAAAAUUUAUGACCCAAUAAAUUAUGAAAAUUAUAAAAGAGAUGAUGUAAUUUUAAAUUUACAAGAUGAAUUAUUACUUGAAAAUUAUACUAAGGAAAAACAAUUUAAAGAAAUAAACCAACCAUAUUUGGAUGUAUUAGAACUUUUAGAAACCAAAAAGAAUGAAGAUAAAAAGAAUUACUCCAAAAAAAUGAGUGAUAAACAAUCAUUAGGAACUAAGAAUAGAUUCUUGGGAAAUUAUAAAAAAAUUACACCUAGUGAAAUUUCUAAUUACGACAUAAGUGACACUGAAAGUGAAUCAGAAUCUGAUAUUUCUUUUGAACCUGAAUUAUCUAUAGAAGAAUAA